CUGAAAACUUGGGGGUGGGUCUUAGGGCCUAACUUUUGUCUCUGGUAGAUGUAUCACACUAGAUAACAAUCACAAUGGACACAGAGUUCUAGAACAAGACACUAUUUAAAAGACAGAAGCAAGAUACAUAUGGAUAGAUGUAGCGCAUUCUUGUUCGUCAUUUAUCUGCUCUGUGGCAGUACACAUGGUGUGCUAUCUGAUAACAAAUUCUAUGUCACACCAAUGCCCUCGAAUCCUGACUGUCCAAAUAAUUCUCAGUGCUACACACUGAAUGAUUACGCUUUGAACUCAGAAACAUACUUCGAGUCUUAUACUAACAUUACUUUGCUAUUUUUGGGUGGUACCCACAACUUGACGGCACAUGAUUUUGUGUUGAAAGAUCGGGACUAUGUACACUUUGCUUCUUCAAGUGCUGAUGCCACAAUCAAAAUUGGACCCCAAAGAGGCAUUCUGCUCCAUAACAUGACUAAAUUACAACUGAGUCAUGUUUUUUUUACUGUCUUGAGUUCAAAUGAGGAUCGAUAUCUUCCUAAAAUCAGUAUCUCAAUGGUUCAAUUUUACGAGCAAAUGCAAAUAGAUGUGUUUGCUUUGCAGCUAAGUAUUGAAAAUGUGCUUAACAUUGCGAUUGCUGACUCAAACUUCAAUGAGAGCAUUUUGAACGUUACGCAGCAAUACAACAGUAAUGAUUUUACACCAGGUGAUAUGACCGUUACAAAUUGCUCAAUGUUUGCGCUCAAUGUUUUAACAAUCUUCUCAAUUGACAUUGUCAGCAAUGGAAAACCCUGGAAAGUAGCAGUGACGCAAAGCAACAUAACGUCCAGUCUUGCUGCUGGAUUUAGUCAAGCAAUUUACUUGUCUUUUACCGGCAGUCCUUCAAUUGUUAGUGUCAUCGAGUGUGUAGUGGAUCAAACAUUAUACGGUGUUGCAAUCACAAAUAUGAAUUGUGAUGUGAAUGUUGAAAUCAAAAACACAAAAGUUAAUAGCCGUAACACUGGAAUUUCUGUUUAUACCCUAAAUGGUGGUUUUGUCAACAUUUCAUUUUGUCAGAGUUCGUUGAUCGGUGGUAUUUCGCUGUCACUUUCUGAUGAGAGUGAAAUUGUAACAAAGCUUGAAUCUUCUAAAAUAGCCAGUGAAACAAAAGAUGGUAUUCACUUGGACCUUUGCUCAAAAAAUUGCCUUGCUACGUUAAGCAUUGUGAGAUCAAACAUUUCCAGUACUUCUAAAGCAGGAGUGAAAAUUGUUAGUGACCAAACUUCCGGAAUAAUACUAAAUGCUAAUUUCUCACAGUCACAAAUUUUGAGGUCUUCAUAUGGCGUGUAUUUUCUGUUAUCGAUUGAAGGAAAUGUUGAAGCAAUUACAAAUAACACUUUCAACAUAUCUUUUAAUGAUACUAUCUUCUAUGAUAUUUCAGAUACUGCACUUUAUCUAAACAUCCCAUCAUUCGAUUCUAUGGCCUUUGCUUUGCUAAUUCAAAAUUGUUUGUUUGUGAGAAAUGGUGGGACUGUACUAAACGUUUUAUUAAAUGAAGCUAAUUCUACACAGAAAAAUAAAAUUGGAAAAUUUAUUACCGUCGACAAUUGCAGUUUUUUGAAUAAUACCUUUGGGAGUUCUGUUGUAAAAAUUGAUGCAACAUCCAUUUCCGACAUGGCAAACGCUCCUAUAGUCGUGUUUUCAAGAAUUUUAUUUCUUCAGAACGAGUUGUUAAGCUCAGGUCACACUAUUCUCCAGUUAAUAGGUUCUGUGAAUGCUGUUAUUGAAAAUUGCACAUUUGAACACAAUAUUGGUACACCAAUCACUGUAAUGCAUAGCAAUCUAAUCAUCAAUGAAAGAAAUUAUUUAGUUAACAACAACGGAUUUCAAGGAGCAGGAAUAUCUCUGUUUGACUCACAGUUGGUUCUUAAUAACAAUACACACUUGAUAUUUGAGAACAAUCAUGCUACAGAUGUUGGUGGAGCCAUAUAUGUGGUGAAGAAUCCUUACAGCUUGCAGUCAUCAAAAUGCUUUUACCAGAUACCUUUGAUGUCUGACAAAACGUAUUCAUUAAAUAUUACUCUGGAAUUUACAAACAACACAGCUGGGAGAGGUGGAAAUGCCAUCUAUGGAGCAGCUCUACAUGAUGAUUGCACAGUAUCAAGCAGUGCCAGUUCCCCUGCAAAGUCAGUCGAUGUCUUCAAGGAUUUUUUUCAAUUUAACAAUACCCUCGAGUCAUCUCUGAUUUCUUCCGACCCUAAACGUGUUUGCUUGUGUACUACAAAUGAUGAUUCAGCUUGUGCUAAUAUUAGCUAUAUUCUAGUCUCUAGUCAAGAACUGUAUCCAGGAGAGAAGUUUAAUGUGUCUGCAACGGUUGUGGGGGACGAAUUCGGUACGCUAACCUCCACAGUUUAUGCGAGUAUCCUCGAUAGUGUGUCCGGGGAGCCCACUAGCGUGGAUCUAGGGGUAGGGCAGUCCGUCCAGGCAGUUAAUUUUGAGAAAUGCAAUGAUCUGACGUACUCACUGCACUCGUAUAACGCCACAAAUGGAACACUUAUUCUCAAAGUAAACCUAACCUCUACUGGUCGUUAUGGAAACUAUGACAUACUAAAUAAUGAUCUACUGAAAUAUGAACAAUCUAAAGUCAUUCCUUCAACAUUACUCACUACACCAGUGUACAAAAACUUCACCUUACUUGAUUGCCCGAUGGGAUUUGCAAUCAAUGAAUUGCAAUAUCCACCAUCGUGUGUGUGCAACGAGUUUCUCAGCAAAAACAAAAUUUCUAGCUGUACAAUACAAAAUCAUAAUGCGGCCAUUUAUCGUACUGGUACACAAUGGAUAGGUUUUUACACCAAGAUGAACAGCAAUGACAUCGUUCUAACUCAGUACUGCCCGUAUGGCUACUGCAAACCUGGUGAUUAUCUAUUCAAUCUCAGUGAUCAUGAUGUGCUAUGUAGUAAUGGACGGUCAGGUUUGCUUUGCGGAAGUUGUGCGGACAAUUUUAGCAUAGUGCUUGGAAAUUCUGAGUGUCAAAAAUGUUCGAGCAACAAUCACAUAGCUCUACUUUUAGUUUUUCUUUUGGCAGGUCUGUUGUUGGUGUCAUUUAUUCACCUUCUUGAUUUAACAGUGGCAAUUGGAUCAAUUAAUGGGCUGUUGUUUUACACCAACAUCGUUUGGGCAAAUAUACACACAACGCUGCCGCCAGAAUAUAAAAAUGCAUACUAUAGUGUUGUCAGAGUGUUUUUAGCAUGGUUAAAUCUGGAUUUUGGAAUCGAAACUUGUUUCUUUGUUGGAAUGAAUGCCUACUGGAAAACAUGGCUACAAUUUUUGUUUCCAUUGUAUGUCUGGAUAAUUGCUGGACUGAUAAUCUUGGCCUCUAAGUACUCGUUCAGAGCUUCAAGAUUCUUCGGAAACAACUCUAUUCCUGUGCUGGCUACCAUCUUCCUUCUCUCAUACUCUAAGAUAUUGCGCUUUAUCAUCAAAGUACUCAGAUUUACAUACCUCUACUAUCCUGGUGGCUAUAUGGUGGUAUGGACUGAAGACGCAAAUAUUCCCUAUGUUGGCUUGCUUCAUGGCGUUCUCUUUGUAUUUGCUCUGUUUUGCCUGACAUUUUUGUGGGCUCCAUUUAUGUUAACUCUGCUUUUUAUACAACCACUUAGGAAAAUAAACAAUGUUUGGGCACUGAGAUGGAUCCAGCGGUGGAAACCAUUGUUUGAUUCCUACACUGGACCACUGAAAGACAAACACCAAUAUUGGAUUGGAGCUCUUCUGUUCGCUCGUGGAGUCAUUCUUGUAACCUCCGCCACAACUUCGGCUGUGCUGCCCAGGAUGUACUUACUAGUCAUAGCAGUGACCACAGCCUUCGUUGGCUUUUACAGUAACGUGUAUCAGAAAUGGUAUUUGUCAGUAUUGGAAAAAUCUUUCCUUCUAAACUUAAUGCUUUUGGCAUGCACGUUACUAUACGUAGAUAGUUAUGAUAUUGUGACAAGACUAGCUGUUUCUUACACUUCCGGUACUAUUGCACUCGCGCAGUUUGGCGGGAUUAUAAUUGGUCAUGCUGUUUACAGAGUGAACAAAUUGAGAAAUCGAAGGCGCCUCAGAAGGAAUUUCGCUUCGAACAACGUUGAUGACGAUGAUCAUCACUAUCGAGAGCCACUCAUUGCAAACUAGAUCUGCCGUCGACCCUGGGUAUCAUUCAAUAGUUAAGUGUGCAUUAGAAAAGUUGUAACGACUUUGACACGUACGUAGUUACCCGUGUCCUAUAUUUCUUGUGUAGCUUCUUGUGUAGUUUAAUGUGUAUUGUAUGUGCAUUGUUUCUUGCUACUAUAAUUAUUACUUUCUUUUGUAUACAUGAUCUCUUAUGUUCUUUGUAAUUAACUAGGGACCUGCAGGUGCCUUUUGUGGGGAGCAUCCGCUCCACUGUGUAUGCUGUAUUUAGUAUUUAGUGUGUUUUGGGCUUUUA